AUGGGAGGAUGCACAAACUCAGACAGUGGUCCUUCAGAUCCAUCAGAUACUAUGGUUCCCUCAGUGAAUCCGGGUCAGGACCCAUAUUGCCAAUUAGAUAGAUCCUGGAAAGCAUCUGAUCCCAACUCAGGCGGAGUUGCCUGUCAGAGUUUCGAGACGGAUUGUGCAGAUCUAAUAGCAAUGACUCAAGCCCCUAAAGACUGGCAUGCCUUCUCUAAUCUUCUGGACAAUUUCCUCCUGCUAAGAGGCAUCUUUCCUCAUUUCUCUUUGCCCAAGAUCUCACGCUCAUCGAAUUUACGGGCGGAUUGUCUUGUUCGAUGGAAAGCUCUGAUCAAAGAUGUGAGAUUAGCGGAGACGCAUUCUCAUGCUACGGUAAUCAUGUUGAUUGGCUUUAGGGUUUAUCUAGCGAGUGUCAAUCUCCACGAAAGUUAUAGAAACAUGGUUUUGGUUACAGAUCAAUUUAGGCUAAAAGAUCCUUUUUCUAAAUCUUCAGAAGAAGUCAAAAUACGCGACAUCUUUCACUGUGACGGCUUAUUGCUAUGCACGACCAGAGACAUUAGACUGGUUGUUUGGAAUCCAUAUUCACGUGAAACCAGGUGGAUUCUGCAACCACGAAGCUCCUACAGGACAUCAGAUUACUUUGCUCUCGGUAAAACCUCAUGCAACAAGUACAAAAUCUUGAGGAUGCAACAAUUUGGUGAAGGUAUCCCAUACUUACUUAAGUCUGAAAUCUAUGACUUUACGUCUAGUUCGUGGAGGUUUGUUGGUAAGACUAGAGACUGCUUCAUACUACCGUGGAAGGGCCGUGUCAUGUCUGUAAAUGGAAAUACCUACUGGCUUGCUUAUAGUAAACACAAUGUGGAUUUCUUACAAAGUUUUGAUUAUUCAACAGAGAGUUUCAGAAGUGCGUCUCUUCCCGAGGAUCAUCAUUCUUAUCAAGUUUGCAGCUUAUCAGUGACAAGAGAAGAACAACAACUUUGUUUUUUAACUAAGGUCGAGCGGCGUAUAAAUGUGCGGAUUGCAACAAGGAUUGAGAGUAACGGCUCCGCGUCAUGGAUCAAGUUAGCCUGUAUCCACCAGCCUUUUUUCGUUUGUAAUGCGAUGGAUUUCUUGGUCGACAAGGAGAACCAAGUUGUUGUGUGUCGCGGUAAAAAUGGGGUCUCCAACAAGUUCUUACACAUUUUGGGAGAAAAUAAAUCCAUACAAGUGCAUCACCACGAUGACAAAUCUGAAUGCUCACUUCUUGUCAAUUAUGUUCCAUCUUUGGUUCAAAUCCAAUAA